AUGGCUGCGGCAAUCAAGGAGACCGUCUCCAACCUGAUUGGCAAAUUCUCAGGUGGUGCUGAGGAAGCGCCCCGGGAACCCUCGACCGAAGAGUUCCAGUCUCUGCAGGAGAAGUACACCCAGGCCGGCCAAGGUCAGGUCUUCGCCUUUGUUGAUGAGCUGCAAACCGCCGAGAAGUCCCAGCUCUUCCACCAACUAUCCAACUUUGAUCCCACCCGCAUCAAUGAGCUGGCCAACGUUUCCCUGAACCCACCCAAGACCGAGCAGGCCACCGCCACGGUCGAGCCCCUCCCCGCCUCCGCUACGGCUUCCAUCAUUGAUUCCGACCCCGCUGAUCUCCAGAAAUGGUUCGAUGCUGGUCUGAAGCAGGUUGCUGAGAACAACGUCGCCGUGGUGCUGAUGGCCGGUGGCCAGGGUACCCGUCUCGGUAGCUCCGCGCCCAAGGGCUGCUUUGAUAUCGGUCUGCUGAGCCAGAAGUCGCUGUUCCAGCUGCAGGCGGAGCGUAUUCUGAAGCUGCAAGAGGUAGCGCAGAAGACUCACGGUGUCCAGUCGGCGAUCAUUCCCUGGUACGUGAUGACCAGUGGCCCGACCCGCAAGCCAACAGAGGAGUUUUUCGAGAAGAGCAAGUACUUCGGACUUGAUAAGAGCAAUGUUUUCAUUUUUGAGCAGGGUGUGCUGCCUUGCAUCUCCAAUGAGGGCAAGAUCCUGCUCGAGGGCAAGGGCAAGGUUGCUGUUGCUCCCGAUGGAAACGGUGGAAUUUACCAGGGUCUAGUGACCUCUGGAGCCCGUGAAGACAUGCGCAAGCGUGGCAUUAAGCACAUCCACAUCUUCGGUGUCGACAACUGUCUGGUCAAGGUGGCCGACCCCAUUCUCAUCGGUUUCUCUGCCGACAAGGACGUGGAUAUCGCCACCAAGGUGGUGCGCAAGCGCGACGCUGCCGAAUCUGUUGGUUUGAUCGUGCAGAAGAACGGCAAGCCCGAUGUCGUCGAGUACUCCGAGAUCGACCAGGAGACCCGUGAAGCCAAGGACCCCAAGCAGCCUGAGCUGCUCAAGUUCCGUGCUGCCAACAUUGUCAACCACUACUACUCCUUCCGCUUCCUCGAGUCCAUCGAGAACUGGGUGCACAAGCUGCCCCACCACGUGGCUCGCAAGAAGAUUCCCUUUGUUAACCCCGAGGAUGGUGAGGCCGUGAAGCCUACCAAGCCUAACGGCAUCAAGCUGGAGCAGUUCAUCUUCGAUGUCUUCCCCAUGACCCCGCUUGACAAGUUUGCUAGCAUUGAGGUGCGCCGUGAGGACGAGUUCUCGCCGUUGAAGAAUGCCCGUGGCACCGGUGAGGAUGAUCCGGAUACCAGCCGUGCCGAUAUCAUGAAGCAGGGCCAGCGGUGGAUCGAGGCUGCCGGUGGUAUUGUCAUUACCGAGGGUGAGGCAUUUGGAGUGGAAGUCUCUCCCCUGAUCAGCUACGCUGGUGAGAACUUAGAGUUCCUUUCUGGUCGGGAAAUCAAGGCCCCGGCAAUCCUGGAGCGAGAAGAGUAG